AUGUUUGAUGCACAGGCUGCAAGGUACUUGGAACAGCACGAGAAUGAUGAGGCACCGCUCACGGAUGAGGCACUUGAGGUGCACGUGCUUACAGAAGAAGGUGUUGCAGCACUUGAUCAGACCGCGACGGCAGGUAGAGUCACUUUCAGUCGGAAGUUGCAUUAUCUGCUUGCGAACUUGACGUCAGAGUCGGCAUUGCUUGUGGUUCGUCAGAACUACGACUCGAAUGGGUUUGAGACUUGGCGUCGACUUGUCAAGAAGUUUGCGUUGCCAGAUGCUGCGAGGCAUGUUUCACUUCUGACGCAGUUGCUUGACUUUCGGUUUGGGUCGCAUACGUUCGAGCAGGAUUUCAACACUUGGGAGACGAUCAAGACAAAGUAUGAGCGACAGACCGGUGCUGACUUGCCUGACAGCGUGCUUGUCGCUACGUUGUUGAAUAAGACUUCCGGUGCGCUCCAGCAGCACUUGAGGUUGAAUGCUCGGACCUUGACGACUUACGAAGACAUCAAAGCCACGAUAGUCGAGUACUAUCAGUCCAGGCACUUGAUCAUGAGCAACUCGUCUUCGUCGAAUCAAGGCCCAGCACCAAUGGACAUUGGAGGACAUGUUUCGGCAAAUUGUCCACUUGGUCGUGUGAGUGCGGUUGAUGAGAAUGCCACUUUGGAUGGCUCGUUUGAAGAUUGGUCAGUCGAUGACACUUGGCAAGUUGGUGACUUUGAGGAAGAAUGGUGGAGCGAUGACUUAGUCGCAGCGGUAGGACUUGGUUGGAGUGAUGAGGAAUGGUGGCCUGCAUGGGACGAUGGUUGGUCGUCCACUUGGAGUGAUUGGAACGACGACACUUGGAGUGUCGUGUCGCCACCACCUGCUGUUGAGAAGGCUACUUCAGCCCCGCCAUCGCAUGCUGCGGAGCCGAAGGCAACUUCGGGUGCCCCAGUGAGUGCUGUCACUUUGGGAACGCCGCCUGCGAGACUUUCCUCCGCGGCGAAGCCCAAGGCGACACCCAAGGCUACUUCGAAGGCCUCUGGACUUGCCAUUGCGGCAAUUACACUUGGGAGCAUGUUUGCUGGUACGCAGUCGUGUUUCGUUUCGCCAACUUGUGAUGCAUCGCUUGAUUGCAUGUUGAGUGGAAGCAUUGUGUUUGAUGGCUUUGGUCGCUCACUUGGUGCACGAAGUGAUGUGGCCACUUGGCAGUUGUCCCCUGUGUGCGACUUGCCGUUGAAGAAUGAAGCGAAUCAAACUUCGCUCUCGAAUCCGACUUCGUUGUCCGAUUGGGGUUUGGAGCACUUGAGUUCCACCUUCUAUGACCCCUACUUGGCCGAGCAUGAGGUUGCUGUUGCAUCAGUUGAGACAGGACUUGAGACUUGGAUCCUGUUUGAUUCCGGUGCUGCAGCAAAUUGCUGUCCCCCGGACUUUGCUCCGGACUUCCCGUUGUUGAAACUUGAAGAACGAGCACCUCCGCUUAAGAGCAUUUCAGGCCAGACUUUGCAGAUCUAUGGUCGAAAGCUUGUUGCCUUUGAGUUGGAUGGUCAGCGACUUUGGUUGAACUUUUAUGUGUGCGAUGUACCGUACAGUGUGAUUUCAGUCGCUAGACUUUUGCAGCAAGGAUGCAAGGCAGUGUUGACAUCUGAGGGAUCUCAGCUUGAAGGUCCCACGGGUGCAACUUUUCCUGUCACAAGACAUGGUUCACUUCUGUUCUUGUGUCCGACGCUUGCUGAAUUUGAUCCGAAUGAGUAUGCAGACUUCAGCAAAGGAUUCCAUGAACAGUUCGCAGUGAGACCUCCUCCUGGACUUGUUGCGCCGACCCUUAAGCCCACGUACUACCACGCGGACAGUUGGGUACUUGAUGAGGCCAACGCAACCUUGACGAGGCUUCACAAGCGUGGUCGAGCAACUUUGUUUUCUCCCGAAGGAACCAAGGAUCGGCCGGUUGAGUUGAAAGACUUGACAGGUGAACGUGUGACAGUCAUGAACUUUAAAGAUGGUUCGUCUAAAACCUUGAAUGAUGAUUGGCGAAAAAGUGAUGAUCCCCGAGCAAAGCAGGAUAAGUACUUCAAGGGCAAAACCGUCUUCAAACUUGCUUCGAAACCAACAGGUAGGAGACUUGUAGGCAAGCAGUCAACUUUGCCCCGUCCUGAAGUUCAUGUUGAAAUGCCACCGCCUGUCCCAAGUUCUAGGACUUCAACCCAGAAACUUAGUCCAGAAGUUGUCCUGCGAGAUCAUGGUGAAUAUGCUGAUACUUUCCGAAAGCGAGUGUUUGACUUGGUGGCGGAUGAAGCAGUUGAUCCCAUGAAAGGUCUUGAGAACUUUGUGAAGAGAUCACUUGAUGAUGUGGAUCCACAGACCAAUGAGGCCUACACCCACGACACUUGGGUGCAGUUGCCAACCAUGUGGAUUAGACUUCACCGUCAGCCACGAAAGAACUUGUUCGUGCCUUCAGAGCGUUCCGAAGGCGGUCCGAACUUGAGCGAGUUAAGCAAAGCACGGGUUACAAUACAACUUGACGAUCAUGGGAGCAUGAAGGUUGAUGAAGACGAUUGGACACUUGAAGGUGCAGAUCGUGACGUUGUUGAACCCUUUGCUUGUGGUGGUGCGACUUGCUUUGAGAAGCGUGACUUGUAUGUCAAGGAGAUUCCCGAGGUGGCCGAACCUGACUUGUUUGAGACAUCGGCCCGGCGACCGAGAGGACUUCCUGCGCCCUCGGAGCCGACGCUCACGGAGCGUAAAGAGCAUGAACUUACGCACCUGCCUUUUCGUUCUUGGUGCCCGAUUUGCGUCCGUGCAAAGAGCAAACAGAACCACAGCAGGACUUUGAAAACGAAGCAGCCGGUCGUUCAACUUGACUACUGCUUCCUUGGAGAUAAUCCUGAAGAGCCCCAGGUUACUCUCCUCACCGCUGUGGACUUGCUGUCGGGCAUGGGACUUUCGUGCGUUGUUCCAGCCAAAGGCCGCUCUGUCUAUGCUCAGGCAGAACUUCGGAGAUACAUCCUUGAAAUCGGGCGCACUUUUGGCAUCUUGCAAAUCGACCCCGAACCCUCACUUAAGGCUUUGGUUGCUGAGUUCACUUCGGAGGUAGGCGGACUUUCGGUUCGUCAUUCCCCAACAGGUUGGAAGCAAGCCCAAGGAGCAGUUGGAGUGCUUCAGUCUAACUUGUAUGCCCAAAUACGCACCCUCAAGCUUGACUUAGAGGGAAGGUAUUCUGGGUUCACCUUGCAGAAAACCCAUCCGUUGUUCACUUGGCUUGUAAAGCAUGCGCAGUGGUUGAUGAACCGAUAUGCUCACAAAAGUGACGGACUUACUUCCUUCGAGAAGCGCUGGGGAAAGCCGUAUAACGGCGCACUUUGUCGAUUUGCGGAGGUUGUUCACUUUCGCAAAAUUGGCAAAUUUCCCAAAUCGGACGCGGCUUGGGAAGAAGGACUUUGGCUCGGAAGAGACACAGAGUCCAACCAGCACUUCGUUGGGACACCCCAGGGUGUGAUAAAGAUCCGUUCACUUCGGCGUAGACCGCCGUCUGAGCAGCUCGACUUGGCACUUGUGCAGUCCCUGAAGGCAACGCCCUGGGACCCUAGAGGCACAAAAGUUGAGACAGAUCACUUUGUCUUUCCACCGCAGCAGCCGAGACCUGGAGAGAACUUGGUUGAGCCACCAGACGAUCCGGAUGCCAUUCCGGAAAACUUAGGAAAUGCUGGUGACCUGGCGCAAGAACUUGAGCAAGACAUGUUGCGUGAGCUUCAGUCGACUUCGGAAACCCGCGCGGCCGCCGACUUGCCAGUGCCUGAGGGACCGAUGGAUGCUGAAGAACUUGCAGAGAGGCAGGACAAGCGCAGUCAUGAGGAACCUACUUCCUCCGCUGAAAGAGCUUCCUCUGAGCCUGCGACUUCGCGAAGGCGCGUAGGCGUCACGACGGAGCGCAAGCGCGACACUUCAGAGGUCCCUGAAGCAGCGACGAAAGUGCAGCGCAUUUCGUCACUUGUCCGCUCGCCUGACCAGCAGAUGCGAAUUUUCGACUUGAGAAUUUCUGCCGUCACCACGAAGCAGGAACUUGAGGUUCCUGUGUGCGUCAACCAAGAUGAAACAGAGAUCUCACUUGCUGAGCGUUUGAGCAAUCCCUUGUUCUGGCAGUCGCCUGAAUUCACUUACGAAGAAGAAAAAGCUGGCAUGAACAAGGAAAUGAAAAGCAUGAUCGACUUCGACGUCUUCACGGAGCAGAAAAUGUCAGACCUGACGCCAGAGCAACUUGCGACUGUAAUAUCCACAAAGUGGGUUAAAGUUCGCAAAGGCGAUGGCACUUGUCGAUGUCGACUUGUUGUCCGUGGUUAUGACCAGCUCAUUGAUGAUCCGGAUGACACUUAUGCGUCUACGCCCAGCUUGUUGACGUUGAAGACCUUGUUGACUUUGGCGGUAGCGCGUGGUUGGCACAUCACUUUGGCAGACAUCUCCACGGCGUUCUUGCAUGCGUUGGUGGAAGGCGAUGUUUGGGUACUUCCUCCUGUAGAGUAUUACCCCGAAGGGGGUGUGGUUUGGAAACUUAAGCGUGCGCUUUACGGCUUGAAAAAUGCUCCUGCGCUGUGGCAGACCCACUUGGCAGCUACACUUGAGGCGCAAGGUUUCCAGCGCAUGAAGAGUGAUCCGAACCUUUACUUUCAUGCAGGUCGGAAGGUUUAUGUGUUGUGCUACGUUGACGACUUGAUGUUGUUCGGCGCAAAGAAGGACGUUGAUGCCAUUGUAGCUUCACUUCAGAAAGAGUUGCUCCUGCGUAUAACCGGUGAGCUUGUCGAGGGUUCAGAGGCUACUUUCCUUGGCAGAAAGAUGCGUCGCACGCCGACUUCCGUUGAGAUGUACAUGUCCGCGACUUACGUUGAAGGUAUGCUUGCUGAGGCUGGGAUGUCCACUUGUAAACCGGCUCCGUCUCCUGGCACGGAUGCGUUGAAGAAGGUUUCCGAGACUGCGGAAGCACUUAAUCCUGAGGAGCAUAAACGGUAUCGCAAACUUGUCGGUCAGCUCUUGUGGAUGUGCAACUUGCGCAUGGACAUCAUGUAUGCCGUGAAAGAGUUGUCGCGUGGACUUGCGUCUCCUACGACGGAUCAUUGGGCAAAGUUAAAGCACUUGCUUCGGUAUCUUGCAGGUACCAAGGAGUAUGUCCAAGAACUUCGCCCGAACAUCCGGUUGUCUGAGAAGCAUUCCUCUCUUGAUGUUCACACUUACGUUGAUUCUGACUGGGCUGGUGAUCCUGAUACACGGCGUUCCACUUCCGGAGUUGCGACUUACCUGCUUGGCGUUAACUUGCAGUCGCACUCCAGGACGCAGCAAACGAUUGCACUCUCCUCUGGAGAGGCUGAACUUUACGCAAUCGGCGGUGGAGCUGCGGACGCGCUGUUUCUCAGAUCACUUCUCUUGGAAUCUCGCUUGAUCCCAAAGGUGCACUUGUUCUUGCAUACCGAUAGCACGGCUGGUAAGUCGAUGGCAUCGCGCUAUGGCACUUCGCGUAAAACGCGUCACGUUCAGUUAAGACACUUGUACGUUCAAGAGCUUGUAACUUCAGGUAUGGUCAUCAUCCGCAAAGUACUUGGUACCCUGAACAGUGCUGAUGUACUUACGAAGUACGUGUCUAAAGAAACUUUGGCAAGGCAUGUGGGCACUUUGGGCUUGAGGCCCAGAGACGCCAUGUAG